UUUGCUUGAACAAAAACCCUCUCAUCUCUCCACAGCACAUUGGCUCCGUUACAACACCAUUUUACUGGAUAUGCCUAACAUCAAAGUAAAACGUUGCACUGUUUUGAAUCCUGCCACCCUCCUUCCCACACCCACUGAUGGGGAGGCACAUAACUGUGUUGCCAUUCUUCAACAGGUCUGUACACCCCGACCAGAUCUCCAGGAAACACCACUAACUAACCCUGAUUUUGUUUUGUUUGUUGAUGGCUCUGCCUACAGAGACACACAAAGUGUUAACCGUGCUGGUUAUGCUGUGUUCUCUCCUCAUGCCACUCUUGUCUCUGCGGCCCUACCUCCACAUUUCUCUGCACAAGCAGCUGAGUUGAUUGCUCUGACAGAGGCAUGUAAACUGGCCGAAGGACGCUCUGUUACUAUUUAUGCUGAUUCCAGGUAUGCCUUUGGUGUUGUUCUUGACUUUGGCUCUCUGUGGAAACACAGACACUUUCUCAAGUCUGAUGGAAAACCCAUUCUCCAUCAUGACAAGGUUGCAGUGUUGCUUGAUGCCAUUUUGCUGCCUAAAACUGUUGCUGUAUGUAAAUGUCAGGCUCACUCUCACAACUGUGACCCUAUCUCUCAAGGAAACUCCCGUGCUGAUGCUGCUGCCAAGAAGGCUGCUCUCUCCCAUCCUCCCACUAGCUCUCUGUUUGUUUCCUCUCCUGUGUCCGUUCCUGACUCUCUCACUGCAUUACAGUCUUUUGCCACCUCUGCAGAGAAACAGCAAUGGUGCACCUGUGGUGCGACUUUUUCAGAUGACAUUUGGUUAGGACCUGACAACAAACCCUGCCUACCUAAACAUUUCUUUCCCCAUUAUGCCAAACUUGCUCACGGACUCGAUCACGUGUCGAAAGGGGGAAUGUUGGACAUCAUAAACCAACACUGGUUUACAAAAGGAUUUUAUGCUCAGAAACAUUGUCAGUCAUGUAUGAUUUGUCCCACUAACAAUCCAGGUAAAACACCACAACUUGCACAGGCUGUACACCCUCACCUGACAAACCAUUUGACCACUUGAUGAUGGAUUUCAUUGAACUGACACCUGCUGGUGGUGAAAUCUGCCCUCCCAUCACCAGCCUCUGACACCCUGCAUAACCUGCAGCCUGGCGACUGGAUACUUGUCAAGGAGCUGAGGAGGAAACACUGGAAAUCCAAACAUUGGCAGGGGGCUGUUCCAAGUGCUGCUCACCACUCACACAGCGAUCAAUGUUGCUGAAUGAGCGACGUGGAUUCACGCUAGCCACUGCAAGAAGGUUCCACAUCCGGUGAACGACCCACCACUACUGCUUCCUGCAGACGGUAACACUGACGCCUAGCGGUGUCCGACUUCACUCCUUUUAUCCACCUGCCAACACAUUAUUCCACAGGAAAGGACUGUGCUACUGCAAACCACAGAAAAAAGACUGUGCUUCGGAUACACACAGAAAGAGACUGUGUUAAUUUUCUACAGUGUUACAGUGUGAGCCAAGCGCCGCUCAACACUGCACCGUACACUUGCACACAGCAGUCACAGUUCCAGAGAAAACAUAUACACCAUGACCUACAAGCAACAACAAUGUCUCUUGGAAACCGCUGCCGUGUUAACUGCAUACUGAUGGUUGCCUUCCCUCCACAUUUAUGCUGACUCUGAGCUUCCCUUCUCCAGGAUCUAAAUGUUUUUAUAUGUUAACAUUGACCCUUCCUCCACAGAUUAUGUCUCAUUACUUGUGCUUAGCC